AUGGAUCCUCAGGGUAUCAGAACAAUUGAUACCCUUUCAAUUCUUCGAAAAGAAUCGUUGGAUAUCUUUAAUCGCCUUCAUUCCAUUGCAGAAGAUGCUGCCUUCGUCCGACAGGUUCGAGCUGCCUACCCGGCCAUCCCACUAUUGCCCAAUCUGCGUUGUGGAUCGUGGUAUGCGGAUCCAAAAAUUUCUGCCAAGAUCCCAGCCUACUUCAAAUCUACGGAUGGUCAUUUCAACAAUUGGUCCUUUAAUUUACGACGUUCUAAUCUACAUUUACUCCCUCUCAUAAUGGAAGAAAAUGGUCUGAUAUUAGUCGACUCUACACGCGCAGGCAAAAGAAUACCAGACGCCCUAUCCAAAACGGUUCCUAUUUGGUGUGCAGUUAUCAACCGUGCUUUGGUCAUAUUGCAUCCCGAGCUGUCAAAUGAGGAAAAGCGGCGUACCAAAUGGGAUUCCGCAUUGUACACUCCUCCGUCAGCUGUGAGCAGACAAGAACACGCUCAAAUUGAACAACGGCUCGACAGUUGGGCUAGAGCACUUGCGGACUCGUCCUUUGUUCUUCCUGUUCUGCCUGCACCUCUCAGGCCUAUGUGGAUUACACCGGGAACCACUACAUUUCCUGCAUUGCCUACAAAGGACAAUGAUAACCUUGAUUUUCUUCCUGUUGUCUGUUUGUCAGCUUCAAAACAGAUUGAACAAGGGCUUGAAAGACGCUCAUGUGGAUUUUCUUAUAUUCAAGGUUCCGGAGAUGACCACGAGCUUUGGGGCAUGGGUUUGACCCCUGAAUUAUUUUGGGCAAACCACGACGAACUACUAGCGACUGAAAGACAUCAACUUCCCGACCUGGUGUCACGGGUGGUAUCUGUGCACAUGUUAUCUUGUAAACGAGAAGGCCAAUUACCUACUCCUGUGGCCAAGGUUGACGGGCGCCUUCUCAUAUGCGCUAUCGGAGAAGUACCAGAGACACCAAAACAACCAGAUUCUGAAGAAACAGAUAUUGCUUGUCUCAUCCUUACCCCCUCCAUUGAGCAGCAAACCACAUCGACAUCUUCGAAGUCUUACAUACAUUUGGCGCCUGGCAAAAAAGGCCAAACAGAUUUUCUGCAAAUUGUAUUGCCCCAAUCCAUGGAUUUCAUUGCCAAAAAUUUAGCUUUAGGAAGACGUGUUUGCAUAGCCUGUGAAUCAGGCAAGGAUUAUAGCGUGGGCGUCGCGUUGGCAGCUUUGCAAUUAUUUUUCACCGAUAGAGGCACCCUACUGCGUAAUGACGCCGAAAAAGAAAAGUCAUCAAAUAAAAUGGAUAAAAAUACAAUUCGUACUCGACUUGAGUGGAUAGUUGCGAGUCGGCCUCAGGCCAAUCCAUCUCGAACGACACUCAAACGGGUCAAUGAAUUUCUGUUGACCCCGUCCUCCUUCCGUAUAGCAUCGAAGUCAUAA